AAUUCGUUAUCAACCGUUGAUAAAAUUCGUUUUGAAUGCUUGUAAAUCAAUAUCGGCCGUUGGUACACCCAUCCGUAUGACAUCCUUUUAAACCAAUAGAAAACAACUAAAAUCCCAAUCCGAAUGAAACUUUCCAUGCAUUAUCAACCGUCGAUAAAAAUUCAUAAUUCCCCCAAAUUAAUUUUUUUCUUUUUAAAUCCCCAUUCCCAGUUCCAAUCUCCUCACAAAUCAAUUUUACAACUCUCCCUCAAUCUUCAAUUGUUCAGAUCUCUGCAACUUUCAUCUGAAAAAAAUGGCUCGUACUAAGCAAACCGCUCGGAAAUCCACCGGAGGAAAAGCCCCAAGGAAGCAAUUAGCAACAAAAGCAGCCCGGAAAUCAGCACCAGCAACCGGAGGAGUGAAGAAACCUCACAGAUUCAGGCCAGGAACCGUCGCUCUUCGUGAGAUCAGGAAAUACCAGAAGAGUACUGAACUAUUGAUUCGCAAGCUCCCGUUUCAGAGAUUAGUUCGUGAGAUUGCUCAAGAUUUCAAAACUGAUUUGAGAUUCCAGAGUUCAGCAGUUGCAGCUCUACAAGAAGCAGCUGAAGCUUAUCUUGUUGGUUUGUUUGAAGAUACUAAUCUCUGUGCGAUUCAUGCUAAGAGGGUUACUAUUAUGCCCAAAGACAUUCAGCUUGCUAGGAGAAUCAGAGGCGAACGUGCUUGAUUAUGAAUGAGGGUUUUCUUUGUAAAUUGUGUUGUUGGGGUUUAUAGAAUUUGUGAUGAUUAGGAUCUGUGUGUUUUUACUUUGGGAUGUCUGAAUGUGUGUUCUGAUUUGAUUUAUCUAAUGGAAAACAUUCACAGUAUUACUAUUUCUA